AUGGCCUUAAACUUUCCUUCUCUAAUACCCACCUUUCUUCUCUUCCUAGCCGUCUUCUCCCACCCGACCACUGCAAAUGCAAGACUCGAGCAAGCUCACACCGCCUUACAAGCCUGGAAACGAGUCAUCUUCUCCGACCCCAAAAACCUCACUUCCAACUGGCACGGAUCAGACGUCUGCUCCUACACAGGAAUCUUCUGCGCUCCACACCCAAACGACACCUCGUCUCUUACCGUAGCCGGUAUCGACCUCAACCACGGUGACAUCGCGGGCCUUCUCCCACUCGAGCUCGGCCUCCUAACCGACCUCGCCCUAAUCCACAUCAACACCAACCGCUUUUGCGGCAUUCUCCCGAAAACCUUCUCAAACCUCACACUUCUGUUCGAGCUCGACAUAAGCAACAAUCGCUUCGUGGGACCUUUCCCCACCGUCGUCCUCUCCCUCCCUUCCCUCCGUUACGUCGACAUCCGAUUCAACGAGUUCGAGGGCCCACUGCCACCUCAGCUCUUCUCCCGCCAGCUGGACGCCAUUUUCGUCAACAACAACCGAUUCACUUCUGUUUCCCUGCCGCCGAAUCUUGGGUCGGGUAGUAAGGCAUCGGUUAUCGUGUUUGCUAACAAUCGUCUUAACGGUUGCUUUCCUCCGAGCUUAGCAAAACUUGCGGAUACAUUGGAAGAGCUGCUGUUGAUAAACACGAGUGUUAAAGGGUGUUUGCCGGAGGAAGUGGGCUUGCUGUAUAAGCUGAGAGUGUUGGAUUUGAGCCUUAACGAGAUGGUUGGGCCUUUGCCGUACGGGCUUUCGGGCCUGUCCAGGCUGGAGGUGCUCAACCUGGGGCACAACGGGUUCGGCGGGGUCAUCCCUGAAGGGGUGUGCGUCCUGCCGAGCUUGUCGAACUUUACGUUCUCGUAUAACUUUUUCUGCGAGGAGCAGGGGCAAUGUGGGAAUUUGAGCUCGAGGGGGGUCGUGUUUGAUGAUCGGAGGAACUGUUUGGUGGGGAAGAAGAUGCAGAGGAGUAGGAAGGAGUGUGAGGAAGUGAAGCCUGUGGACUGCUUUGAAAAUGAGUGCUGUGGGGAGGCUGCUGCUCCUCCUUGA